UUUCCCGGCAGACACCUCACCAGAUCGAAUCUCCAGUGCUAAAUCCAGGAUGGCAUGCAUCUUCGGCCCUGGCGGAAUCUCGGUUGACGAGAUGAGCCCAAGGACGCCAGCUACGACUCCGGACCUCAUCUUCAGCGAAGAGGAAGGGGGACGGUCGCCUACGAGGCAUUCACAGCUCUCUACGUUCGAACGAGUCCUCUCUACCCAUCCGCCCAUCCUCGAAUCAUUCCUUCUACAGACACCAACCGAAUCGAUCCUACAACUUUACCACACCUCCUCAUAUCUCAGAUCGUUCCUUAAGUCGUAUCCAACGGCAUGGCAGUAUCUCUCGUUUCGACUCCUUCUGCCCUCCAGCACGCAGGUUCGCCCGCUGGUUGGAGCCACAGACUCGCAGGGAAACCAGCGCCAGUCCCGGCCGUACGCACUCGACCAGCUACUCCUUCAUGUCAUCGUGCCCUUCAGUCCGUCCCUCCGCAGCCUAGACCUGGAUAACACCGCUGUAUCGGGUCAGAACCUUAUUUCCAUCGUUCUCAGCGCCCGCAGGGACACUCUGGAGCAUAUCUCUGUCCGGGGAUGCAAAAACGUAUCUCUGAAGUAUCAUAUCAUUCCUUACUUGACCAUGUUUGGGUUGCAGUAUGACGCGGACACUGCAAAUCCGCUCGGACCUUCGUCCAAAGUGAAACGUCUUGCCAUCAAAAGUCUUUACACCUACCGCUGUCGCCACCAUAGAAGACGUCCUUAUCUGACCUCAUCUCUCCUCCGAAGGGACUCCGACUCCGAACCGACCCACGAACUCGUCAAUCUUUGUCAUAAGCUCGGUAUAUGGACAGAUACUGCGUGGUGUACCACCCCGGCAGGGCGUUGUUUACGGAGGCGAGGCUAUGUGUCCAUGAGGGUACCACAAGGCAGUCCCGAAGUGUGGGUUGUAUUCGACCGUUUAUGGAGGUCAAAAAACUGGAUUGGUGCGACUGGUGACAGCAGUGAGCCUCCAAAACGAGACGGGCGUCUCUGGGAACACGACGAGACCGGACAUUCCGGUGAGCCGCUAGGGACUGCCGGCGCCCAGAAGUACGGAGAGGGAAAGACGGUUCCGACUCACCUUCGCAGCAGCCACAGGCGGUUCGUGGAUGACAUAAAGUGUGAUGCCUGUCUUGAAAAGAUACACGAAAGAUGCGAGCAAUGCAGCGUCUUGAUGCAUUGUGUCGGAUGCCGCAAAACACUCUGCUACAGCUGUGCAUACGAUACGCCCUACCCACGGAGGAAAGCCAUAUCUGUUGGUGACCCUGCAGGAGAGGCGUUUUGGUGGGCUCCAGGAGCGACGAUAUCUCCUUGUGCGAUGCAGGAGCCCUUCCAACAGGCCAUUGGCCCCCAUCCGAUCAACAAUCCGAAUGGAAUGCCCAAUUCGCCUGCUUACCCAAACCUGAAACUCCAUUGGUGCUGCACUGAGCCCAUGUUUACCGGUGGUGGUGGAAUAACUCUUGGAGUUGCUGGUCGUGAAGUCGAUCGGGUACGAGCCGCUCCUCUUCCCCGUGGGCAAGGUUGGGAAGACCCCGAGUACUCCUCGAAUGAAUGGAGUAAGAAUUUUCCAAAAUACGCAUAUGGUGACCCCAAGAAGCCCGACUACACUCUCGCCGAGGGCCACACCGAGAUGAUGCGUUGGCUCUUAGGCCCAUCGAGCUGUCAGGUUUCAAGUUGCCCGCGCAAUUUGUGUCAGGAUUGUUUUGAUUCGCCCCAAUGGAAAGUCCAUUGCAAGAGUUGCUCAAAACCCUUGUGCAUGGAGCAUGACUUACGCGGGUUACGCCUUCGGAUAUGUGGCUAUCGCGACCUUCUACUUGAAAAGCUUGCGAUAGGGGAUGGUCGAUCGCCUGCAUCGUCUGCCACUUCAGCAACUUCUCCCGCAAGGCCCGCCUUAUCGACCUCUGCCUCGUAUGCCCCCCUGAGGUUGGCCCCUCCUGAACAAACUCAUGCCGGAGCUUCCAGCAGCAAUCCUUUACCAAAUGAAACAAAUUCCUCCAUUCCGGGGACCGCAAUGAAAGCCGCGGACAGCCAAGCAACUGACCCGGCCUCUUCCUCUACGUCCAACAACCAUACCCGUUCUUCCACCCCCGCCUCCGUUUACUUUGAAGCAGCACCACAGUCGCGUAAAUGGCUUGGCUGCCAGUCAUUUUUCUGUCCCCAAUUCCGUGCUGCCGGAGAUCACCGUCAGCGUUGUACAAGCGUUCUGAGUGAAUGUACCUCUUGUUCUGUCCACGUUUGUCAAGAUUGUGUCGACGAGAAUCCACCGUGCACCUGCUCAUAUUGUGAUUUGAACUACCUUUGUCCGAACUGUUACGUGGCAAAGGAGCAAGAUGGUACAUGCAGGCGGCUCGAGGAGGAGCGAGCAAGACGAGAUGAGAAGCAAAAGCGGGACCUGGAGAUGUUUGAAGUUGCUCUAGAACGUAAUCUUGCAAACGAAGUUGCUGGAUUUGCAGGACAAUUCUUCAAUCAGUUAUACCAUAGCGGCGAAGCCAGCUACCAGGCUGAAGAACCACCGGAGACUAUUGAUGAAGCAGCUCCUUCCAUGACUCAGCUAGAUGGGGCCACCAAUAGUCACAACCAAGCCCAUCAAGGUGGCUCUGAGCAUGCUGCCACUUACGAUGACGACGACAACGGCCCGGCAGGCAGCGGAUCGGAACACACAGAAAUACUCGGCGACGACGCUUGA